CAUCCACAAGCAGCACAGGGCGCGCCGUGUCCGACGGUUCGACGGGACGAAAGACAGCUGGGGUACUGCUGUUUUCCUGCGACCCUUGUCGUUAUGGUUGAGAGCUUACUGCAGUACAUUCUCAAAGUUGCAGCAGGCGCAGCUGGAGCUCUGCUCCUUCUGCUGUCCUCCUUGGUAGCAGUAGCCCUCGUGUCGGAUGCAGUAGCAAGACGACGCAGGCGGGGCAGGGGAGAAGGCGAAGGGAGGUCGGCAGUCUACGCGGGCCGUGUGUGGCAUGCGAGGUUCAAGCCGACGGCGCACCGCUUCUCGUACCCAAUUUUCUAUUGCCUCGUCGACCUCGACGAGCUGGACAUCGCGUUUCCAUGGUACGUUUGGCCGGUGGGCUCGGCCCGGCUCCCGGCGCUCUCGAGAUUCCGGUCCGCAGACCACCUGAAGGGGAGGGGAGCCGCCACACCGGUGGUUGCGGCGGGUGGUGGGGGUGGUGAUGACGAAAGCAGCAGCGCAGCGGCAGGGGGGCCCGUCGAUGCUGCGGGAGAUGGGGCGGGGGGGAACGAAGGGGGCCGAGGGGCGUCCGGCCGAGGGGCGUCCGGCCUGUCCAGGGCGACUGCUAUGGCGGCGACAUCUUCUUCACCGCUGUUGUCGAGCCUCGCCGACAGGGUUAGGGACAUCGUCGAGGAGGUUACAGGGGCUCGACCCACGGGCCGAGUGCAGCUCCUGACGCACCUGGCGUACCUUGGCUAUUGCUUCAACCCGGUUUCGUUCUACUACUGCCUCGACAAGACGGAGAGGGAAAUCGAGACAGUGGUGGCGGAGGUGAGCAACACUCCCUGGGGAGAGAUGCACUGCUACGUCCUCAACCCGAAGACGAAAGGGGUCCAAGUUAUCGUCAAAGACAAGAGUGAAAACAUCGACAGCAACACCAGCAAGAGGGGCACAAAAGAAAUAACUCGAUACAGGUUCGAGAAGAACUUUCACGUGUCGCCGUUCAUGAGCAUGAAGCACACGUACGACUGGAAGUUCACGGCUCCUGACGCAAGUCCCGGCAGCGGCCUGAUGGCGCAGACCACCCUGCUAGAGUCCGGCAGCGGCAAGAUCUUCUUUGACGCUAAGCUUGUCCUGAGAAGGCAACCUUGCUUUUCCGCUGCGGCGUUGUGCUGGCACAUGACGGCGUAUCCGCUGUACACGGUUUGGGUGCAGGUUCUCAUUCACUACCAGGCAUUUCGGCUGUGGUGGAAACAGGUUCCGUUCUUCCCGCACCCAGAGGGCGCAGAGACGGCUGCGUCGAAGCUUGUGGCGGUCGUCAUGACACCACUAUUCAACGCACAGGAGGCAUGGGACAGGCGAAAACGGAGACGGCAGAGCGGCUCAACGUGUGGUAGUGAUAGCGACGAUGGUCGUGGGGCUGCUAGUGGUUGUGAAAAGGCGAAAACCGCCUGAGCGCACAACGGACACCCGAAGAUCGCUUUUUGAGGGCGAAAACGGCGGUGAUUUAUUUAUGUUAACAGGCAUGUCGGAAAUACGAACGCAGUGGCAGGCGUGUUUUUGUUGACAAUUGUUGAGAGGGUCCCACGAGAUUCUGCAACAGCGAUGUAUGCUCGUAGAUGAGCCAUUCUCCGGUUUGGGCGGUGCUGCCCGUUAGUGUUGUAAAUAGGGAGGAGACACGGGAGUCUGGUGGGUCUGUGGGAGUAAACAAUGACCUCGCACCUGUUCGUUUUAGACGCAAAAGUGUUCUGGCCUUCAUGAGCAUGUGCGAGAGACGGCAGCCGCUGCCGCGUGCUACAUAUACACAGUGCCAUCCGGGGAUUGGGUGGAUUUGUGUGGAAGAAUUUUGUAGGGACUGGUUCCGACAAGGCAACUUUCCGACAAGAAUUUUUUUUUGUUUUCAGCUCCAAAUGAAGGCCGGUCUUCUGCAAGCAUGAAGUGUCAUCUUGCAGGCAUGGGCUUGAUCGAGGCCCGAAUUAUGCGUUCGUGUUAAUGGAUUGCAUUGUAUUCCCUCGUGGUAGCGGCAGGUCGCUGGCCUUACUCACCGUGAUGAAAACCCACGUAUGUUUUGAGAAAAUGCGCAACAUGAGAGGAGUGCCCACGUUCGUCACAGCAUGGUGAAACUGACGUGGAUUGAUUGGGUCAGCAUGAUGAGAAACUGUGCGAUACCCCGCCAGAAUCAUGUCUCUGUUGCUCUCAUGCCCGAGACGCACUACAGAUGCUGCUGUGGACCAAGAGGCAGUCGGAAGGUCGGAACGAACGGUGGUUUGUGGUGGGAGCUGCGUAGCUUCGCCGGUUGCCAUCGUUCAUUUGCUGGAUCUCGAUCUCAAAUCUUCCUUGAACAAUUCACAGGCUCCGCCCGCGCAUACGUACUUGGGGAGGAGGUGGCGAGAACUUCCCAUGAAUUUGUCAAGCGCGAACGUGCUCCUAAGACGAACACACUUCCGCGUAUUGUUCGGCGGCGAGCCAGCUACAUCAUCCCCGCAGCUAUGUCGGCAUGCAACCCUUCUGAAUCAAUCCCCUAACACGCUUCUUACGCUUCCGAUAUCGAAUCGUCUCUCUCCACCUUCUAAGUUGGCCUCUCCUCGCCCCAUUCCGCACCACAGCCGCCAUCUUGUGCCGGGUGUCUUGCUGUCUGUCCGUCUUUCAAACUUCCGUAAUUCCAUUCUAAUCUACUGCAACGUAGGCCCUCUGGACAAGUCGUUGUGACCGCGUUUCCCUCUUGAUUCCCUCCCCCCCGUAUGUACCCAUCCACCUUGACCCGUGUACGUGCUUCGUGAUUCGGACUCGUAAGAAGGCGAGGGAUGGUGGAAAGUGCACGACCGCGCCGCAAGGUACCGAAUGGGCAAACAAGCACGUCCCCUCCCUUUGCGCUGGCACUUUCCCCCCUGUUCCCAGCAGUACUUCGGUGUAACGUAACGAACAUUCAGCCGCCGGAAAACCCUUCGUUCCAUUCGUCUUUGCGUCCGUCUCGGAAGUCCAUCCUCCGCCCUCCUACCCGACGAUCUUCCCGUCAGACAAGGCGUCAUAGCAUGCAAUGAGGCCUGUUGUUGAAAACACUAUGUAAUCUACGACGGCAUCCACCCACCUUAUUCGUGCUGUUUUGGUUGGUUGCACUUGCGUAUCGUCCUUUCUGUCAGGCAGUUGUUUCUCCAGUCGCUGCGCUAAAGCUGCCCAUCUACGAAGUCCAGACCUUUGCCCCUGAAACCGGGCACAGCAGUACCAGUGGCAAGCACAGAAGGCCCGUCGCGCGCUCGGCGAUUUCAUCUAUUAGUCUAGUUGCUUGUUUUUCAGCCACCACCACACCCCUCGCCCGGUCUUCUCAGUUAUUCGACUACUCCGGAAUAUGUGAGGACGCCCACACCCUCAAUCUUGGCACGCGUCACCUCUGCCCACCCCCCGCUAGGGUGAAAUGCAUUUUUGUGGGGUACACGCAAGGCGCCGCCGUAUCCGGUGCUCCUCUAAGUAGGGUAACAACGGCCGUGAUACAGUAGUAUCAAGUGUGUCCCACGAAACAACGAACUGCUCACGGUGAGCCAAUCCCUCUGCCCCCCACCAACACAAGAAGAACAAAUGUGGUGCAAUCUACCAGUGUACCAGUGUACGGCCGAUAGCAACGGCCAUGGUAGAAUCAAACUGCGUCCCCUGAAACAAGGAACAGAAGAACCCCCC